AUGGCAUUUAAAUUAAUCGCUUUGAUGGUGGUGACGGCGUGCAUUGCCUUGCAGACACAGGCAGCCUCUACUAAGAAGCCUAAGGAACAUGUGGCAGCUGUAUAUGUCAAAGAUGGCAGCAGUGGCGAGUUGAGGUUUUUGGGUGGCGGUCUGGGAAAUUCUCAAAUCAAUCAAUAUAUCACCAAUAAGCAGGAUCUGUUGGAACAAUUGCGACCAACUUUGGGUACAGGUGGUACUGGUGGUACCGGUGGUGGUAUAACAGGUAGCGGUGAUAUGACUGGUACCGGUGGCGUUAUAACUGGUACAGUUCCAACUGGCACUCUUCCUGAUACUGAUAUUUUACAACAAGUUGUGGCUCAAGCUGCUUUGCAACAACGUCGCGGUCCCAAUCGUCGUCGGACACCAAACCGUCGUGUUGUUAAUCGCCGUCGUCCUGCUAGACGUGGUGGUGUUAAACUCAAUGGCAACAAACAAGCUCAAAUUUAUGUUAUACGCCAAAGAGCUUAA